AUGUCGGGAUCUGAAGUUACUAUCUAUCUAUCUAUCUAUCUAUCUAUCUAUCUCUUUCCAUUAUACAACUAUCUCUCUCUCUCACUCUCUCUCUCUCUCAUGCAAUUCAUAUCACUCUGUUUCUGUCUCUCUUUUUCACAUUCCAUUUAUAUCUAUCUAUCUAUCUAUCUAUCUAUCUAUUUAUCUAUCUAUCUAUCUAUGGAUACAUUCUGUUUGUUGAUAGCAUUUUAUUUUUUGCUCUUUUUUUCGUUAUAUUUUGAUUUUCUUUCUUUCUUUCUUUCUUUCUUUCUUUCUUUCUCAUCACUGUCCUUAAUUUCCCAUUCUUCGUCUUCUCCUUCUAUCUCAAGCGCAAAAGAACGGCUUCGGACAUCCUUGGAGGCCGUGAUCAAUAACAUGGCUUGUAGAAAAGUGGUUUUAAAUGAGAAAAGCCAUUUUCUAUCGAAACUUCUGCGCUUCUCCUUGGCUAAUUCAUCUUUUCUGAUUCACGCGCCACAUUCUUGUUUGUCUUUCUUUCUCCCAAAGGCUUUCCUACUUAUUCCGGCAUUUUUCUUCUUUUUUUUGCAUAUUUUCUUUCUUUUUCUUGUGAUUAUCAUUUUUUUAAAAUUCUCCCUUCACAUUCUAUACUUUCUUUUUCUCAACGCAAAAGUUUUUGAAUUGUUUUAG